CGUCGUCUCUAAAUCUCCCUCAACCAGUGCCACUUCCCUAUGCGCAGCGCCCAGACCCCUUUUCCUCGUUCAUCCCACGACUAAAAAUGAAAUCGUCUCUCCCUUCUUUGCCUGGUCAUGCGCGCUGUCGCAGCCACGCUCGCCUCCGCCGACAAGCUUCUUCGCGUGUGGUCUUCCUCCGAUCUCACCCCCGUUGCGGAGCUCAAGAGCCAUGGAGAGAGUGUCUCGGACCUCUCUUUCUCCCCCGACGGCCGCCUCCUUGCCGGCUUGCCCCCACAUCUGAUGACCGCACCAUCCACAUCUGGGAUCUCGCCGUCGGCGGAGGAGCCCGCCUCCCCAAGACGCUCACGGGCCACACCAACUACGUCUUCUGCGUCUCCUUCAGCCCCCAUGGCAACGUCCUCGCCUCGCCUCCGGGUCCUUCGGCGAGACGGUGCGCGUAUGUGCCUCCGCGUGCUGCUUGCCCCUCUGAAUCCAUCACCGUCGUGCUGCCUGCAAGGCCAGCCGGCAGCCAGCGUGCCCCCUGCAGCACGGCUGCGGCCAGACCAGUCAGCCUCCCCUCCGGCUGUGCGGUGGCCAGCCAGCUGGCUCCGGCGAGCACCCAGCGCCAUGGAUGGUCUCAUGCCCGCAUGUGCGUGAGGAAGAAAGAUCGCGAUUCGUUUCCGAGCUUCAAGGAAUCAACGAUCAAGCGUUGGCGACCAAGUGAUCAAGCUCUCUGUGUUCUAUGAGGUUGAAGAUCCUGAGCAUCUGUUUGAAG